UGAACGGUGUGAGCAUGAGGUUCAAGUGCUGUGUGGACCUGAGAUUCCACGAUUGGACGAUACGCUUAAAGAGUGGGCUGAGAGUGGAAUUUUCAAAUUGUCCAUCAAUCGAAACCGGAACAGAACUUGUAGCUUCUCUUCUUGUGAGAUUCUCGGAUUUUGAUGUUAAGACUGCUGCUGGACUAUCGAAUGCGUAUCGACAGCCACGAAGAGAACUUCGAUAGUAGUUGAUCACUGAUUCUCAUUUGCAAGGAGCCGACAUCAAAUGACAAAUGGUCAACUGACAUCUUGUCCGGAUAUCCGAACGACCUGCUUCUAGAGUGGAUCUUCAGGAGGGAUGGGAGUAUAAAAUCUCCUACUUAUCCGGGGGAUUCACGUCGCGUCUCCUGUCUUGGAUCAGUCACACAUUAGCUACUUUGUCACACAACCAUUGAUUACAUUCGAAGCGCAUGAGUUUCGUUCGAAUCCUCAAAUGUAGCUGACAGGCGCGCAUUAAAAAACCGAACAACUCUGAGGUUGGGUGCAUUGCAUUGUGCGCUAGACACACGGAUCACCUGACUGAACUCCGAUCGAGAUAUCUUUCUCGAAGAUUUGAGGACUAGCUAGACCGCAAAGCGUGCAGGGUCGAUCAACUGUGAAAUCGCAGCAGCCGCGUGCAAAAAUGGUCCUGAAGCGGAACAACUCGAAUCUAGUCCUAGGAGCUGCUGUGUGCUUCUGCGUUGCUAGUGCCAUGAGUCUCCUUAUUGGCCAUGUUUUCAUUUCUGGUGCUGGCUCCUCCAUCUGCGUGCCUGGUUUAAGCAUCCGGUGCGAGCCCAAUGACAAUGGCAGCCAGUAUGUGCGAUGUGGGCGGAAUCAGAAGGUGGAAGAUGUUCCUAAGGGCAAGAUGUGUUACCAAGGAGCACUAAUUUCCAGCGACAUGAGACUACGCAGGUCGGCAUUGAUACCGAGCGACUGUCACAAAGCCAAGAGUCUCGGAGGAAAUUCGACGAAAGCUUUCGACCUGAAAUCGUGCUCCUGCUCGGCGUUGUGCACUGGGAAGAACCAGUGUGUAUGCAUGUGCAAGUCCCAAGCGUGGACAAACGUCAGGUGCACGAACGGCAAGACUUACGCCAGUGUAGCCCACGGUGACUGCUGCUUGGGAGGAGCUGGCCGAUGCAAACAAUUUCUGGACGGUUCCAGUGACAUCUGGUGGUCCUGGUGGACUGAGAAUGUGGAUUUCGCUAGUGUUCUGAUCCGAUCCUCUUUUCGACAGAUUUGCGACUAUCUGCGUGACCACUUCACCUUUCGUCCUUCGCUGGACGAAAAUUCGUGCUGCACCCGCUCGAGCUCCAGCUGCAACCAGUGCUAGAUAUGUGGUAGUCUCGUGUAUAUUAUCAGGAUGGUGCAAUACAGUACCAUAACUCCUCACCAACAUUCAAUAGAUUAACAGGCUUCUCCAUAGCCAUCUGAAGCCCUUGUCAGAGGUAGAUGAAGCGAGGCUCAAUGAGUUAUCCAUCUCAAGGCUCGUGACCUCGUGGCGUGAACGGUUCAGGCCACGACUCAAUUCCCCGUCCCCUCACGAUCAUGGAUCCGCCGACACCGGGUUCGGGUUCUACCCGAAUCGACCCGAACCCGUUCGGGUUAAGGAGGUUAACCCGGCCGGGUUCGGGUUGAAGGUCGAACCCGACCCGAUCGGAGCCCUACCUGAACCCGUGCUCUGGAGAUUAACUCUCUGGAAACGAGCGAAGGAAAGAACUCGAGGAUCGAAUGGGAUCUUCAGUCAAACUGAAGGGGCCUACUCCGCGGCCGUGCAUCAGCGGCGUUGAGCGAACUACAGAACUGGGAAACAUCGACAGAUUUGAACACAGUAACUUGUGUCACCCAUUGUUGGCCAUGGGAUGGCCAGGUCCAUGUAUAGUUCUAGAAGAGUAGGUAGGUACUGUACAUUGAAAUAUCGGGAUUAGGCUAAUGUAGCUUAUUGUAAUCUACUGAGCAAUUUUGCUUCAAAAUAUAUAUCAGAGUUAAUUCAAACCC